GUUUUAUUUGAAAUGUAACUAUUUGAGGCAAAUUUAUCAUUAGCUAUCUCGGAUAUUGUCUGUCUUGUAAGGUAUCUGUCAUCAUUUACGUUUUCUAAAGUACAAGAGGAAUUGUGUUGUUUUUGUUAGAGAGAUUAUAGCGCGCAGACAUCGUAAUCUGGAUUAGUCAACUGUCCACAGAGUGCGCGCGCGUGUGCCAUCACUGAACGAAUUCAGUCUUGCCCUAAUUUACAUGAACACAAAAUGACAUUGGAAAAGGCUAUAUCGUAAAUGCUAAAUCAAAUAUAGGCAACACAACAGGUAGGCUAUAUUACAGAUGUAUUUUAUCCCAAUUUCUUUAUACUGACUGUAAAAGUGAUUGUGCAUUUAUCAAAUGUAGCCUAUGUUAACAUUUUGCCUGUCUCUUCCCACAGUUGUAUAAAUCUCAGUCACACAUAGCAUAAUGGACAGGUUAAGAGGGUCAAAUAUUUUGCGUUUUGAACAAAAUUACAGUAGAAACCCAGAAGACAGUAGCAUAUACAAAUUGUAAUAACAAACAUGCAACUAUGCACUGGAACACACAAUUAGCACAUAAUCCAUGCUUCCUCAUAAUGUUUUCAACUGUGGAUCUACAGCUCCCCCCCCCCCCAGAAGAGCAUGCAUUCUGAACACGUUGAGGGCUUGUUUUAUCUCUAGCAAGCAUAUAAUAUAACUGGCUUACAUCAGUCUCUUUCUGAUCAUAAAUGAGCAGGCGGUAAAACACAAAAUAAGGAGAACAAGAUAUUUACUUGGAGAGAAGGACAUUUCAUUCAAGAUAGAGAGUAAGAUACGGGGGAAACUAAAAAUUGUUCUAUCCGAGCGGACAGUUCAAGAGGUGUCGUGGUGUGGAUUCAGAAGAUGCUAGGAUGUGAGGGAGCAUCUGGGAUGGCGGUGAGAUACAAGGUGACUCUGGCUACAGGACUGCUGGAGUGCCUGUGUUUUGCUGGCGUUGUGUUUGGCUGGGCAUCCCUUGUAUUUGUCCUGAAGACAGAUGGCUACUUCAGUGAUCUGUGCAUCAAUGGGACAGAUGCUAGUGGAGAACUUAGUGCAGAUUGCAGUCUACAGGAUGAGACAUUUUCCUUGGUGUUUACUGUAGCCUCAUUUAUGAACAACUUUCUCACUCUGCCCAACGGGUUCUUAUAUGACCACUAUGGCACCAUGGUAACAAGAUUUUUGGCUGUAUUUCUUUAUACCACUGGAUCCUUGUUAGUAGCAUUUUCAAAUGAAGCUCUCUCUAUCAUGCUUUUUCCUGCUCUAUCCUUCAUAGCUGUGGGGGGCAUUUUAUUCCUAAUGACAAAUAUGCAGGUUGGGAACCUUUUUGACACUCAUAGAUCGACCAUUAUUACUGUCUAUAAUGGUGCCUUCGACUCUUCAUCAGUGAUCUUUCUCAUCAUUAAGGUGCUUUUUGAGAGAGGAGUCUCUCUCCGCUUCUCAUUCCUCUUCCUCUCGGCCUGUAAUCUCAUUCAUCUCCUUCGGACACUUUUCCUCAUGCCAAAAUCACACAUUCCCUAUCCCAUCCCAAAGAACUACAAAUAUGGGAUGAACUGUGCGAAAUCAAACAGCUACAACGUUGAGGAAUACGAGGUAAAGCGAGAACAGAGUAUUGUCAGAGACAGUGGUGGAGAUGAUGAGCUACUGGAAAAUGUAGACUCACUACAGCUCACAGAGAACACUGAGAAAGCCAGUUUUAAGAGCUGUGUUCUGUCCUGGUUCUUCCUGUGGCACCUGAUAUGGCUGUCAGUCAUGCAGCUGCGUCAUUAUUUCUUUAUUGGAACUCUUAAUCCAAUGCUGAACAGACUUGCUAACCAAGACCCAGCCAUUGUGAGCAAGUACACCAAUGCCUUUGCUUUCACCCAGCUCUGUGGAGUUCUCUGUGCUCCCUGGAAUGGCUUGCUAAUGGACAGACACAAAAGAAAACCCCUAGAACAAGGUGUGUCAGAACGGGAAGCAGACCUGCGCUCGUCCGUCCUGUCUCUCUUCCUCACCUGUCUCCAAUGCCUCCUUUUCUCCAUCUGUGCAAGUGUUCCAUUCCUCCCUCUCCAGUACCUUACAUUCAUCUUUCAGGUCCUUAACCGUUCCUUUCUGUAUGGAGGGAAUGCUGCAUUUCUCAGCCUUGCGUUUCCAGCCCAUCAUUUUGGAAAGCUGUAUGGUCUUGUGAUGUCCCUUUCAGCUGUGCUGUCAUUGCUGCAGUAUCCCUGCUUUGCCCUCAACAAAUUUCUUGGAGGAGACCCCUUCUAUGUGAACAUUGCCUUGACUGUCUUGACUCUGCUGGCCUUCAUUCAUCCUCUCUAUGUGUUCCUUCACUGUAGAGAGCUGGUGAAACAGAGAGAGAACUCAGCGAGCAUGUCAGAAUCCUCAAUGAAGGAAACAUCAAUGUAUUAAUUUCAAUUAAAUCAUC